UUUGUUAUGUAUGUUUAAUUUUCAAUCGAUUAUUUGGAUAAAAAAUAUGUUUAUUUUGCGUUUCAUGGCAUACAACAAAAUGGGACCAUCAUCAUCAUCAUCAUCAUCUAUGCGGAUAUGUUUUAUACAAUUAUUAUUUGGUUGUUUAAUGAUUUUAGCAACAAAAUUACCGGUAGUAACACAAGAUGAUAAUAAUAAUAAUUUAUUAUUGGUUCAAUUUGUUUUUCGACAUGGUGAUCGUAGUCCAAUAAGAUUAUAUCAUAAUGAUCCAUAUAAACGUAAUGAUUUUAAAGAAGGACUUGGUGAAUUAACUAAUCGUGGUAAACAACGUAUGUUUCAAUUGGGUAAAAACCUUCGCAACCAAUAUCAAAUGUAUUUGGAUUCGAUGCCAAUAAGAAAUGUUCAUGCAAGAAGUUCAUCAAGAAAAAGAUGUCAAGAAAGUUGUGCACUACUUUUGGCUGGUAUGUUUCCUCCACGAAAUGAUCAAGAAAUUUGGACUAAUGAUGAUAAUAUUGGAAAAAUAUGGCAGCCAAUAGUAAUAAAUACCGUUGAAUCGAAACGUGAUUGGCUUCUAUUUCCCGAAGCAGAAUGUUAUGAAGCUAGACAAGAAGAAACCAAAAUCGAUGAAUCUCCCAGGAUAAAGCAAUUCUUGACCGAAAAUCAACAAUUUAUUCAAAAACUUGAGCAAUAUACCGGCACGAAUUUCUCACACUGGCUUGAAAUCGGAUAUCUUUAUGAUACGUUAACUGUGGAACAAGAAUAUUUUGGUUCAAAAUAUAUCAAACCUAAUUGGAUUGAUCAAAUGGGCAAUGAUACAAUUGAAAAGCUAAAAGAAUUUCAUGAUCUAGAAUUCUCUGUAUAUGGUCAAUCGAAAUCAUAUCUUAAAUUACGAAUCGGAUCUUUAAUCAAAGAAUUAAUCGAAAAUAUAAACAAAACUUUAAAUUCUAAAAAUUCUGACCACUGGAAUAAACAUAUCUAUCUUUAUAGUACUCAUGAUACAUUGUUGGGAUAUCUAUUAUCGGCUAUCGAAUCGAAUAUUGGUCAACCAACAUAUGCAAGUGGCUUGGCAUUUGAAUUGAUAACAAAUGACCAGAAUCAACCAUUCAUCCGUAUGUACUACCUAAAUGGAACGGAUAAUUUUUCCAAAAAUUUGCUUGGAAAUAAUUCAAAUUCGAAUAGAUAUUAUUCUAAAUGUGAUCAAAAUUGUUUAUAUAAUGAUUUUAUUCAAAUGUUUUCGGAAUUAAUUCCAAAAAAUAUUGAACAAGAAUGUUCAAUUGAUUCAAAAAUUCUAAAUAAAAAUUGUGAAAUUUGAAUUUUUAUUUUGGACACGUCUUUUAUGAACGUCUUAC